GUGGUGUGGAUGAGCCCAAGACACAAAACGCUGACUCUCCAGGACAGGCGCAUCAUCACGGAUGAGCGGAUCAGUCUGGAGCGGCCGUACGUGCGUGAGUGGAACCUGCACAUAAGGAAGGUCAUGAUCUCUGACGCCGGCAUCUACCAGUGCCAGAUCAACACCAACCCUGUGCAGUUGAGACAGGUCAUGCUGCACGUGCAAGAGCCCGCUCACAUCAUCGGUCAGCUCUCUUCAGCCCUCAGCGUCAUGGUACGAGAGGGAGAGACCAUUGAGCUGGUCUGCAACGUCACAGGCUUCCCCACCCCCACAGUCACGUGGUACAGGAUUCACGCCGGCCUCAGCAAGGAGGAGAGAGGCGGCGCCAGCGGGAAAGAGCAGAUCGGUAUGGAGGGAGAGGUGUUGGUCAUCCACAACGUGUCUCGUUACUGUGACGACAGGUACCAGUGUCUGGCAUUCAACGGCGUCCCCCCGGCAGACAGCAGGGAGAUACGUGUACACGUGCAGUUCCCGCCGGAAGUACGGCUGCCCAAUAAAAAGAUCGGGCAAAUCCGGGGUCGUUCGACUAUCCUCGAGUGUCAAAUCACAGCCUACCCGCACAGCCUGAACAAAUGGCGACGGAACGGAGAGGAUAUCAUUCGAGGAUCCAAGUAUUCCACAGAGCUGUACAAUGAGGGUGCCAAUAAAGUGACCCUCAGUCUCAAAGUGCAGUCCCUCACGGCAGAGGACUACGGCGAGUACGAGUGUGUCUCGGAAAACGCACUCGGCAGAGACUCUCAGUCUAUGCUGCUGUAUGAGUACAGAAGUCCAGUGAAAAAGACGACCACAACGACAACCACGACGACAACAACACGACGUCCAUGGGUCUCCAGCUACGACCGUCACUCCAACUAUGACCCCCAGUUCAAUGACCGUGACAAUGACGAUGGAGGAGGGGUCAAGGAUCCAGACAGGCCUCGUGGCUAUGACAACGGUCCUUGGUCUUCUGGCCAGAAAGAUGGUGAAGACAGACAGAGGGGAUCCGACACCUACCCUUCUUAUGGCACUUGGCGGAAUCCAGAGUACAACUCCGAAGAGGGAGAAAGCAAGUCCGUGAUAUCAGAUCCAGAUGGUAAUGGAGCGGUCAUUAACAAGGGUCUGACAAGUUCAGUUAUCACUAUAAUUGUGUGGUGGUCACUUUGUUUCUGGUUAGGAGGGAGGUGAUGAGGCUCAGAGAUACGGGCGUAUUCUCCGUGCUCCUCCUCCCCCCCUCCCCCCCCCC